UUAAAAAUGCGAUCUAAAAAAACAUUUUUAUCGCCGUUUUUCUUUUUUAAACUUUUAAAAUGCAAUCUAAAAAAACAUUUCUAUCGCCGCUUUUCGUUUUUAAACUUUAAAAAUGUGAUCUUAACAUUCCGAACGACAUUCCGAACGAACUUGGAAAAAGAAUCCUUUAAGGAACCAAAAAACUGAAUAAGAAAGGCUGCGGUUUUUUGCUCUUACCCUGAUGGAAUAUCAACAAGCAUGGAUUGUCUACAUCUAGUGAACCGUUGCUGCUGUCCGUCAAUUUGAAACCUGAACCUAAAUGUUCAAUAAUAACAUGGAGGGAAUGAAGUCAGUCGAGUAGAAGAAGAAAACUUUAAUUGAUUUUCUUUUGGUAGAAACCAUUUUUGUGAAAAUCAGCUAUUGGGUUUCUACAUGUUAUGUAACGUCUAAUAAGAAAUAGUUAUAAACUUACACUUCUGGACUCGAUGGUGCGCUAAGCUCACUUGCGAAACUGUCAUCCAUUUCAUAAAAUUAGCAAAAUCUUUAAAAAAUUGAUACUUUUUCUCCUUUUCGAAUGUUUAAAAAACCGCGCUUCUUUUUUCGAAUAUCAAGUGUGCACGAUUUAAAAAAGCGUUCACAACGCUGCAUAUUUUACACGAAACGGACGCUGAUAAUUUUGUUCCUGUUAUUCAAUCAUCAUGUCUCAAUUUGUCAGCGAAAGGUUACAAACUAAACAGCUUUGCAAUUCAAAUGUUGAUCAAGUAAUUUCAGAAAUCCGAACAGUUGUAUUGUUUCCUGAGGAGGGAACCUAUACGGUUCUCAAUGAGAGAAUGACAAAACGGUUUAUGAGGUACAACAUAGGAGAUGUUAUUUCCCUCACCCAAGAUAAUAGGACAUUUGCAACAAAAAUCAUUUUCAGAGGGUCAGAAAAAGAGUGCAAUAAAAAAUGCAUAGAUUUGGAAAAUGAUUUGAGAAAGAAAGGAGCAGAAUCAAGCUACCAUGGUUCUGAAGAUGAUUCAGACGACGAAUCUAUUGUAAACGAACCUCCAACAAAAGUAUCUAGGCUAACUGAAGAAAUAAAUAAAGAGAAGUUACGGCUUAAACAGACAUUGCCAGGGUCAAAUGUGAGUGCGCUAAUUAAUCAAAGGGAUCCGUUUCAAGAAACCACUGAUAGAAGACAUCAACCUAUAUACACAUCAACGCCACCUGCCUCAGAAAAAAGGUCAUCACGACCAAGAAUUGAAGAGAAACAAGACACUGAUCUCUUAAAAUUAAUAUUGGAGGAAUGUAGGAAAACAAAUGUAUUGCUACAAGAGCUUGUCAAUAAGGGUGAUAAUUCGACAGUGGGGCAGGUUUCAAAUGACCCAGCAGAUAAAUUGAACCGUGGUGACUAUGUACUUGAUGAUGGUAAAAAUCUGCUGGAUGUUCCUCGGGUGCCACAUAAGUAUCUUAAAUACGCUCGAAAUUUGGCCAAGAAAUUGUGGACUGAUGAGGAAUUGUUAAAUGGCAUCAUCGAGCCACAAAAACAGUCCAAAACUGGAAAAAUCACUUUGGAUGUUCGCAAAGUUGGUUUGUUGAAAGGUAUAGCAAUCAUUCUAAAAAUAAUAAAUCAUUGGCGAUACCUUAUUUCUUUAGGGCUUAUCGAAACAAAGGAGGUGAAUAAUGGACUUCACUCAAUUAUUAUUUACAUUUUUUUUCUUUUUCUUAUCAAAUGCUUUUAAUUUUUUCAUCUUCACAAUAUUUAACU